CUCUACCCACUGAACCAACCCGGCCACCAUUUGUUGUAAUUUGUUACCUACAUUCUGAAAUGGCCUAUUAUACUUGUAUUGUAAACCUUGUAUUCAUGGUCAUGCCAAUAAAACAAACUUGGAUUUAAGAAAAGAGAAAAGGACAAAAAGAAAGAGCAUGCAGACAGCUCAGCUUAGGGGGAGAGAGAGAGAGAGAGAGAGAGAGAGAGAGAGAGAGAGAGAGAGAUCAUGUGUGAUGUGGGAGUGACUGGGAGCUACAGGUUCAGUAUAAACUGACCACGGUUGCGGGGAUGACAAACGGUACUGUCCCAGCGUUGCUUUUGUCCAGCCGUUCCUGGCAGUGAGAGAUGAGAAGAGUUGAGGGCACCAAAUAAAGAGGAACUGCAGGGACACUCACAAUUGACACGAGAUAUCCAGCUGUCCAUUCUUCUCCAGGACUAGCUGUGAAGAUGGAGAAAGCUGUACUGCUGCUGUUUUGUUGCCUGGUGAUGUCUUUAUCAGGCUCCCCGCUCUACCCAUCCAUUAGGUUCGGCCAGAGGGAUACAUCCAUUCUGAUGACAUCUUCUAUAAAGAAUCCAGCAGAGCAGCCGGAGGAAGACGCGCGUGCUCCCAGGGAGCGAGCAGAGUUACGCUCCGGACGCCACGCUGAUGCCAUCUUUACCAACAGUUACAGGAAAGUCCUGGGCCAAAUCUCUGCCAGGAAGUUCCUUCAGACAAUCAUGGGCAAACGGCUGGGAGAGGAAAGUGCGAGCUACACGAAACGUCAGUCUAAUAUCUAUGAAGGGACCUAUAAAGAAGAUCUGACAUCCAUCCAGAGCGAUCAGAGAUACAGAGGAGUGCAAAGGAAUGUCAUGAGGCCCAGACUGCUGAGUUGAGAUUGGUGGAUCGGACAGAUUCGAGGCUCCAACGGCACGUUUCAUAACCAUCACUGCUUGUUUUCUUAU